CAGUAUAGACAAUCUUAAGAACUUCAACGCCAAGAUGUGGGCUAAGAAAUGGGAGCAGGUUCUAGAUCUUGAACCGGAGUCACAGUUAGAAGAAGCCAACGGGCAAGAGGAAUUACCAGAGCAACAAAAUGCCGGGAAAGGAGAGGGAAAUGAGAAACAUAUUGAAGCGAGGGAUGCAAUAUUUAAGCAACAGAAUAAGCGCGAGCAAGAAACCGAAAAGAAUCAUGUAGAAAAUGUAAAAGAACCUAAAGAUUUGGAGCCGGAACAAGAUCAACCAUUGGAACAGGCUCAACAGACAACUCAGGCCACUCUGGCCACCCAGGACAUCCAGGAACCUCAGUCCGACCCGCAACUAAGUGAGGAGCAUGAGCGCAGAAUGAUUAAUGUAAUUCUGGAUUUGAUUGAGCGCUUGUUGAAUGAUAUAGAGCGCAGCUUGCAGCAGAUGGAUGAACGUAUUGAGCGAUUAUUUCUGGAGCCCAUCGCAACUCAUCGCAACCGCCGCAAAUGGUCGCCAGGCAAUUAAGAAUAUUUACUUAAAAAUUAUUAUAUAUUAGAACAACACUUGCAACAUUUGAUAAGACUGGAUUUUAAAUUCAUGGCGAUGAACCUCUUUAUCCCCUUCAUAGCAGAAUCCAGGGGAGAAAUUUAAUGCAGUUGCAAAAUACAAUGCUUAAUGUUUAUUUAAAAAUCUUUAAAGAACUCAUGAAAUCCACUUUCGUAUUGUAUUGUUUCUAUAUUCUGUAUUGUUGCCUUGUUUCAAAAUAAAAAUUG